AUGGAGGCGAAGAAAAAUGAAGGCAAUAUGCUGUUUCAGCAAAAACGCUUUGCCGAUGCCGUGCAAGUAUAUACUUCCAUUAUCAAUCAGCUGCAAACUAAUUGCACUGAUGAGAUAGCGCGACAGUUAGAAAUUGCAGUGCGAUUGAACCGCGCGUGGGCUUGGCUUCAAAUGCCAAACAGUGAUAGCAGUGAAACCACGCUGAAAGCUGCAGAACAAGACUGCACUUUAGUAAUCAAAGCUGACGCAAGUUGUGUAAAGGCCUACUAUCGACGAGCGUUGGCACGAGAGCGCAGAGGGAAGAGGAAGCUGGCAUUGGACGAUGCAGGGAUAGUGAAGCUGCUCGAGCCAAAAAAUCCUUUGGUCGGCUUGUUGCUGGAUAGACUGCAGCAAUGUUAUCAAGACGAGGAUAAUUCGACACUGAUGUCACAGCAGUGUGAGAUUCCUGGUGUUGACAAAGCAAAAGAUGUAUCAUAUGGAUUAGCAGAAGAUGCGUGGUUCGCAUUGCAAGCAGCCGAGAGCAAUUUGCAGAGGACUCGGAAUAAAACAAUUAAACGCUCAGCGAUGGCACCAGUCAGAGUAAAGGGAGCUCAGAAUGUCAGAGGUGAAAUAUCGCCCAAGACUGAUGAACUUUGGGAAGGACUGAGGCGUGAAGAGACUUCAAUAAUUGAUAGAGUAUUCACACAGUCAAAGAAAGGGGUUUUAUCUGGAAAGGUUUAG